CUUUAGUAUUUAUCAAAAGAGAGCCGGGUCCACAUGCGCGCCGCAGUAUCUCCACUUACAUUGACAAAGCUUGGAGGUCGAACCGUUUCAUGAAUCGUUCGCCACUGAGCUCGGGGUUCGCCGUUUGGUAGAAACAGUGCGGAGCUUUAUUUGGAUAGGCGCAAUUGGUGAAAGAAGUCGCGUGCGAUCCGCGCCAUAAUUUUAGACACACUUUUUUGUAGUUCUUGACGCACGUUGGCUUACGAGUGUAAAGUGUUUUACGGCUCUCCAUUAGAAUCUAUGUUUUGUGUACUUAGUACUGUAAGAGUGCAUUAAGUAGAACCAAGUGUUAUAAAACGAAUCUACAACCGCAGCACAGGUUUCAAUUCGUGAUCACGCGUUGCCAAAGAAGAGCCAGGUGUUAAUUUUGCUGAUAGUGCUACUAGGAACUUUAAUCGGUCCAAAAUGGAUUACCUGCAGCAAAUGAAUCUAACCGACUUUACGUUGUACGACCUCAUAAAUGUAAAAGGCGUAGAGGACACUAUUGACAAGUACCCACUGAUGGCAUCCCCAGUACCGAGCUCCAUACUAAUUGCUAUCUAUCUGUAUGUUAUCUACAAAUGGGGUCCAAACUAUAUGGAGAAUCGCAAACCGUUCAAUUUGAAGUUGAUUAUAGCUGCCUAUAAUAUCUUUCAAGUCAUAGCGUGUUCUUAUUUGGUGAUGAGCUACAUUAAAGUAGGAUUUAAAUUUAGCUUCAUCGGAAGAUGCACGCCAAAACUGCCAGUGGAAGAGUACGAAUAUGGCUACGACGCGGUGUAUUACGGCUGGUUGGCAAUGUGUCUGCGGAUGGUGGAGUUUGCCGAGACCAUAUUCUUUGUUCUCCGAAAGAAGCAGAAUCAGGUGUCGGCGUUACAUGUCUAUCAUCAUAUCAGCACUUUCUUGAUUGUGUGGUGGAGUCUUAAGCUCAGUUUGUCCUAUCAGGAAAUGUCUAUAAUGGUACUCAAUUCGAUCGUUCACAUCAUCAUGUACUCGUACUAUUUGCUGUCCUCGUACAAAGUGUUCCAUCCGUUGACGAAUCGUGUGAAACCCGCCAUCACCAUCAUCCAGUUGGCUCAGCUGGUGACGAUGCUGGUCCACGUGUAUGCCGCAUUGCAGCCAACCUGUGCUGCUAACAAGUUUAUCUAUAAGCUACACGCCGUCAACCUCGUCAUCCUGAUCAGUCUAUUCAGCAACUUCUAUAUACAGACCUACAUCAAGAAGAGCCGCAAAGUUAAACAAAGCUAACGAGUAAAUGCUCACUUAAUGCGUUGUUGUACCACUUUGUCCACGUACAUAGCAGUUACAUUGGAUUUGUUUAUCUAUUGGUCAUUCUGUUUUCCCUCAUGAAUGACCCAAUAUGAGAAAAAAGUGAAACUUACAAGUCAAUAUUUAAACAUUAACCAUCGCUCCACUGAUGCAAUUGCCGUGCAUCAUCGUACAAGGAGAUAAUAUAAUGGUUGCAGUCGUGACUUGUUCGUUUCAAGGAAAACGCUUCCCAACGUCAAGAAUAACAAAGUGUGAUACCAUGUGUAACAAUCAAAAAAUUAAAUAGUACUUAAGGUUUCUAGUUGUUAAUAUAGUUGCUGCCAUAUUCAGUGGUAAGGAUAAUGCAGUGAAACAAUAAACUAUGAA